AUGUCUGUGUCUUACAUACGUUUGUCGGGAUUUUUUUGUAUUUCCUGUUUUGUGUUGGCCUUUACGGCCAGUAUUCUCACGGCGUUUGGUCUCUCCAGUCGCGACCCAAACAGAAAAUAUACUUUUUAUCGCUUCGCUCUUUAUAUCAACUUAGCGGCGCUACUGGCAGUGAUAGUGGCGCUGACAUUAUAUCCGGCCUUUUUCUAUAACGAGUUGCAUCACUCAGACUUAGUGCCAGCUAACCGGCCCAUCUGGUACUUCGGGUGGGCGUACGGCGUG